AAUACAGAGUGGGCACACACUGAGUCAGAGGUGAAAGAAAUGAAGUAACAUCAGCAGAGAAGAGGAAGGCCGUUGACGCAGCAGAAAGGAAAAGAGGAAGAGGAAAGCAGCUGCAGGACGGUUGGUGCUGCACAGGCUGAAUGCUCUCCAUGGAGGACACUCAGGAGGUCCGGCACGUCAGGCUGAAUGACGGCUCACGUAUGCCGCUGCUGGGUCUGGGAACAUGGAAGCCCGUCCAGCAGACGUCCAUCCAGGGCGCGGUGGAGGCCGCCAUCGCUGCCGGCUACCGCCACAUCGACACCGCCUACUGCUACAGAAACGAGGUGGAGAUCGGCAGAGCUCUGAGGUCCAAGAUGCAGCAGGGCAUCAUCCGGCGGGAGGACAUGUUCAUCGUCAGUAAGCUGUGGUGCACCUGUUUUGCCCCGGAGGACAUCCCAGUCUGUCUGAAUAAGUCCCUCCAGGACCUGCAGCUGGAUUACCUGGACCUCUACCUGAUCCACUUUCCUGUUGGCUUAAAGAAAAUGGGAGAUGAGCUUUUUCCAAAGAAGGAUGGGAAGAUUCUGACGUCGGACAUCGAUUAUGUUGAUGUGUGGAGGGGCAUGGAGGCUCUGCAGGCCACAGGGAAGGUGAAGAGCAUCGGCGUGUCCAACUUCAGCGUCCUCCAGCUGGAGAGACUUCUGGCUCUCUGCAGAGUUCCUCCUGCUGUCAACCAGGUGGAGCUCCAUCCCUACCUGGUUCAGACGGAUCUCAUCGAGUUCUGCAGGUCCAAAAACAUCACGCUGACGGCCUUCAGCCCCCUGGGUUCCCCUGGAAGACCCUCAGACAUGAAAAGAGGUGAGGUGGACCCCCACACGCUGAUGGAAGACCCUGUUGUGGUAGAAAUAGCCGGGAGGUACCGGCGCAGCCCGGCACAGGUGUUGCUGCGGUACCACGUGCAGCAGGGCAUCCCCGUCAUCCCUAAAAGCGACAAGCCUCAUCACAUCCUGGAAAACGCCAAGGUGUUUGACUUCAGCCUCGCUGAGGACGACCUGGACGCGCUGAGAGGUCUGGACCGGGCCUGGAGGGCCUGCGCUCUGGACGAAAUCAAGUCCCACCCGUACUACCCGUUUGAGUGACGGCGCCGACUGGACCGGGCCAUACUGGACCGGGCCAUGCUGGACCCGACAAACACGAGUAAAGAUCCAGAAGCUUUUAUUACAGUGUACAGAACCGGGCCCAUAAACUCGCCCCGGUGUGUAACAUUCAGUCCA